AUGUCAUCAGAACGUGAACUCUCGAUCAAUCGUUUACGCAAUCCGGAUCGUACCCCCGAAACAAUAAAGAAAAUAGCAAAACAAAUUGCUCGAGAUAAGAGAGCAGUUGACCCAGCGAGAAUUAAGGCCUAUCAUGUAUUAAAGCGUUAUUUCAUCAUAGAACUCAAAAUCAAAUCCAAGGAAUGGCCUAUUGAAGAUAGACAGCUGUUAAGAGACUUGUAUAAUGAGCCAGGAAUAACAAGUAUCUAUAAAGAGAUUGCAGAAAAAAUCUGCGAUUGCAAAUAUUUAAGAGAAUUAGAUGCAGCAGAAAAUGUUAUCAAAGAAUUAGUGACCCUCAAAGGUAAUAUAUCAAUGGCUUAUUUGAGUAUUAAUAAUUAUCCACUUGAAUUUUUGGAUUUUGUUAAUUGUGUUAAGCUUACUAAUCUAAAUCUUGAUAGUUAUGGCGACAACAUUGAAAAACUUUAUUUGAAAUGUGAUCAUGUGACAUGA